UCUGACUUCUAAAUAGAGGUGUUAAUUCUAUAGAAGACGAAUAAAUUUAGUAGUACACAACCUAAAGAUCUGUGCAAGGUUUGCUGGUACAAACUUAGCAAGGAUGUUUUUUCGAGCCCUGUUGAAAAGGCAUCAGCUAAUCCAGUGCUGUGCGAGAUGUUUAGAAAGUAGGAAGAUGUCAUCAAAUAGCAAUGCUGUCAACCUAUCAUAUUAUUCGUACGAAAAGAAGGUAGAUGGAGCUCUAGAACUACAACCAAUCAUUAUAUUACAUGGAAUGAUGGGCUCAAAACAGAACUGGCAGAGUCUUGCUAAAGUGUUUGGUAAAUCAGGCAGAAAGGUAUUAGCUGUAGAUGCCAGGAAUCAUGGUGAAAGUACACAUACAGAGGAGAUGAACUACUUCCUAUUUAGAGAUGAUGUGCUCAGAUUAAUGGAUCAACAGGAACUUGAACAAGUUGUUUUGAUUGGUCAUAGUAUGGGUGGCAAAACAGCAAUGACAACUGCUUUAACAAAUCCAGAGAGAGUAUCUGGUCUGGUUGUUGUGGACGUCUCGCCAGCAAUGAGUCCAAACGUGAAUAAAACACCAGCAUACCUGGAGGCUAUGUUGAGGAUUUCGUUGUCUUUCAUUGAUGCAAACACUGAAGACUCGAACCCUGCCAUGUCACAAGUUAGACGUCAGGUGCUAGACGACCUAGCUGUAGCUGUACAAGACGAGGCAAUGAGACAUUUUCUGGCAUCAAAUCUUACUAUACGUGAUAACAAACUUACCUGGAAAUGUAACCUAGAUGCUAUAAUUAACAACCACAAAGAACUGGCAUCAUUUCCAGAGUUUGAGGAUGAACAAUACUAUGGCAGGUGCUUGUUUGUAGGAGGUUCAGAGUCAGAUUAUAUCAGAGAGAAGCAUUAUCCAGUGAUUAAAUCUUUAUUUCCAUUAGCAGAGAUACAGCAUAUACCAGGGGCAGGUCACUGGGUACACUCUGAAAAACCUCGACAAUUUAUACAUGUUGUAAACAAAUUUCUAAGCGACUCUGGUUUAUGAUAGGAACAGGAACUAUUAACAUAUACAAUCUUAUUGGUUUAGUAUUUCAGAAUGUUCAAAAAGGUUAUUUUAAUUCAUUUAGUUUUAUUGAGUCUGGAAAAUACCACAAUGAAAUUUUAAAAAUAUUAUAUAUAUUUUUAAGAGCGUGAAAAGUGGGUGAAAAUAUGUUACAAAAUUCAUUUCAUAGUGAAAUCAAUAACAUUUUCAAUCAAUAUGAGUAAAAUUCUAGUAUGUUGUAUUUGAACUAGUCAGGCCUUACUAAAAAAAUAACCAAACUGAUGAUUAAUAUUUUGAUGUGAGGUUAUAUAUUAUGUGUUUUAUUUCGCUAGGCAUUUUCUUUUGAUAUAAGGAAUGGGAACCAUAAUUCUAAAUUUUCAAUCAGUUUCAAACUGUGUGAUAUCAGUAAUAUCCCAUUGUUAUAUUUAAGUAUAAAAAGCACAAGAUAAAAUUAGAGCUGCCAUUAAUAAUACAGUUAUUUUAAACAAAUAUUUUAUUGUUGAAUUGUUGUCUACUUUUUAACAAAUGUUUCUUUUUGAAAUGUUUUCAAUAAAAGAUAGUAGUAAA